AGGUGCUUAUGAUGCUGUCGGUAUAAAUCGGGGUUUGUGCUGGUUCCUGUCGACAGUUUCCUCCUGUCAGGCACACAAACUGCUCUUUGGCAAGAAGAAUUAAACGAAAGGAUCCAACACACAGGGGGCAGCCCAUAAUCAUUCAGCACGAUCAGAGACUCCAGGGCCAAUCUCGCCAGGCCUGUAAGCAAAGCAUUUCUUCUACCAUGGUUGCCAACAUUGUCACAAAGUCACUCGGGUUGGUUUUGUUCGCCACAGCACACGUGGUUUUCAAAGGCCUGAGGCAAGCAGAGGUCACUGGGAUCCUUGGCACCAACGUCACCCUUCAUUUUACAUUUGACGACACCGUCAUCAAUAAUAACAGUCAUUUUGCAGUUUAUAGACCAGGAAUGAAAAAGAUUGCGGAAUGCUCAAAGAACAAAGGUUGCUCUGGGGGAGUCGUUUUGGACAUUCACCAGAAUAGUUCUGUACAGUACCACAUCACUAAACUCCAACAAGAUCACUGUGGAAUUUAUUGGGCCAGCUUGUUCAUAAACUCAGGACCACCCAAAGAAAGUAACAAGGUUCAGGUGUUUGUCCAAAAAGAGAACAGCAGCAACACAGUUUCUCCACUGCAAACCAACAUCACAACACUCACAAAAGACAGUGGGAGUUCCAGUUUCUCCUUCUAUCACAUCAUCACUAUCCUUGUGGUCGUGCUACUGGCUGCAGUACUUCUCUUGCUGAUCUGGUGUCUCGUGAGAGACAAAGACAAAGAACAACCACAACAACAGAACUCUAAUCCCACUGUGCAGGGAAGAGUUGAGGGGUCCUACAGCGCGGCGCCACCCUCACUCAUUUACAGCGUCCUGGACUUUGCCCAAAGACCGUCUGCCGUGUUGGACAUCGACCCAAAUGACACCGAGUACGCGAAUGUCAGCUAUCUCCCGGAGAAGAGAUAAAUGUGAUGCUCGGCUGAAUGUGAACCGUUCUUGGUCUGAGCAAUGGUUUGGCCGAUGACUUACAUACUGUUGACAGAAUCUAGAAAUGUAUCGCUCGUAAGAGUGGCAGUUGCUUCUUUUUGUAAUUGAGUCAUGGAAACUCCCGGCGUGUAAUAAAUCACAAACAAUGGAGCUCUGAGGGGAAAGCAAACCCAAGACUUCAUGCCAGAGGGUCAUUAUUAUGUUAGGUCCCACUUAGUUUUUUGGUGUUUGCUAGAUUAAAUGUAGACAGUUGCCGCGGCAACCCAAGAGCCGGCACAGACACAGUGUGUGUCACGAUAAUACACCAACGGUUUGGUUUGAUUUGGUUUGGUAUUGUUUGCACUUUAUUCGUUCUGGACGCAUCCGGCCCCCAGACUCUCGAAGGGCUCGUGUGGCGAAAUUCUAUAUUUCUUUAACUGAUCCCAUAACAAGUGUCUCCAUUGUUACGACCAAAUUUAAUGAAAACUUCGGCGUCAAAUUUCUUUAGAAGAAUCUGAGCCUUUUUGACCUGCAUUCUAAAAAUGAAACUGCAUAUUUCGGCUGCGUUUCAAAACAUUUAGAUCGUUCGGACUGAUGCGUGUUCAGUCUUCAGAACUAACUGACAAAAUGAAAAUCUGUCUCUCUUUGGCUUUUGCCCGCAGAUUAAAUUUGGACCACAGUGUUGAACUUCAACGAAGUGACAUAUCUGACUUGAUUAUUAAUACUUUUUAUUUGUUAGUGAGGAGGUGGGAUGCCUUUGCCUGCUCCCUUUGGUUUUCAGGUUUCAGAUUCCAUUCUGUCAAUGUAUUCAUCACAGUUUUGAGUGAUCAGCUUUCCUUCAUUUUUCAGGUUUUUAAAAUGAACAAAAACUAAAUGAAACAGAGACAUGGUGAAAUUUCAAUUGCAAAUAAUGAGCUGGUUGUAGCUCAACGGUACUGUAUGUUCACGAAUCACUUGUGUGAUUUUCCCUUGACACUGUCCCACCAGUUUCACACGCACAACAACUAUCGGACACUAUCUCGGCACCAUUUUCCACUGCAUGGCAUCGGAAGUACGUUUUUGGUAGAUCUGUCUGUCGAAUUGUUGAUUUAGUUGUGUCAUCGAGUUUUGAAGUGUGUUAAAGUCACUCAACGCAUCUGUCAGUGUCGGACAAGUAAGUUGUUUAUUCACAUCACAUGUUGGUUGUUAUUCGAGAAGGGAAAUAACCCUCUGAGACAGUUAAUUAAGACAGUGGUUUUUCAAACGGUUGGUCACAGUGACAUGAAACCAAACACACACUGCUCGGAAAAGCGGAAAAGAAAAGAAAAUUUGAAACCUACCAUGGUACCAAGUUUAAUAUUUUUUAUAUCGCUAAACUGUUUCUUCCUUGAGUGCGAACAUUAUUUGCACUCAUUUGAAUGUCUAAAAAUAAUAAACCUUUAUUUUUUUGGUA